AUGUCCGAAUACGCAGGCCUCUACCUCUCAUCUCAUCAGGUCAAGGCAGAAUUCGAGGCCGAGUACAUGAGAGCCUCGGAGCCUUACUUCACUGAACUCGCCAAUACACUACGAGUGUCACCAGUUGUUGCGGUUCCCAAUACAAUCACAUUCGUGACCCGACAGUGGUUUAAUUUGAGGAUCCCUCCAUCUAUCCGGCCUCAACAACGUGUGAUGCACACACAUGAAUUGUUCUUCCGCCUCAGUCACCCAGGAAUGCUGUACAGAACGGACGACAACUGGAACACGAUCAAGCCAAUCUUCGCCUCUCACCUGGAAUCUAUAUCUUUAUUCUUUGACGGAACAAUCACGGAUGCAUGUCCUUGGUAUGAGUGGGUAGUUGAGGUGCUGUUCGCGAAGAUGAAAGAGGUGGGCACAGUCAACACUAAGCAGGUUUCGAUCAUGGUCAAAUUGAAUGAUCGACCCGAGGUGAACAUGACGGAGCAUUUUCCCUCAGGCUCUGAUCUUGGAGAGUUGUGGAAGCUGAAGGAACGUGUCAAGGAUGGGAAUGCAUUGUACUACACUUGGACGCGUGUGGGACCGGAACCCAAACAGUGA